AAGAUCUACUCACAUUUGUUAGCUCAACCAAAUUUUUUUAAAUGCCAGCAUCUUAUUUUCUAAUAAUUACUCAGUCCUCCCUGUUGGUUGGCGUGCUGUUAUCAGCCCUCACCUUUUGCGUGUGAGUCAGUAUAAGUGUGUUAAUGACUAUAGCUCUACAGCUAUAGCCCAAGCUCAAGCUACUCGGGACUGGCGAUCGGUUUCAGUAUUCGAUGCAACCAGCUCACGUCAACACAGCUCGCUAAAAAAAUGAAGCCCGCAGUUAAAAUUCCCAUUGCUUGUUUGCUGUUUCUGGCGACUGAAAUUUUUGCUCAGGAUGUAAAACCAGAAGUUCCAGUAGAUAUUCCGCCAGAAGGAUGGGAACCGACGAUUCCAACAACUGAAGCUUUAGCAACAUCAACAGUCGAACCAUCCACAACUUCAACAACAGAACCCACAACAAUUCCAACAACAGAGCCAAGCACAACUUUAAUAACUGGACCCACCACAACAUCAGCAACAGAACCCACAAUAACUUCAACAACAGAGUCCACCACAACUUCAACGACGGAAUCCACCACAACUUCGACAACAGAACCCACUACAACUUCAACAACAGAGCCAUUCACAACUUCAACAACUGAAACCCUCACAACAUCAACAACCGAUUCAACCACAACUUCAACAACAAAGCGUACAUUACCUUCAUCAACACAACCCACAACACCUUCAACAACGCAAGGGGAUCCAUUAUAUCCAACCUACAGACCCAUCUAUACGCGACCUAUGACUUCAAGGCGGCCCAUUUACCCUACCAGGAACCCUUGGAUCUGGCACGAUCCGACAGAAAAGUGUUAUCUCAAAAACGAAUACGAGUACAGAAUGGUUUGUUAUGGAGGGGGCUGGCGAACGACGGCGAUUUGUUAUCGCUGCUGCUACUACGAGAACAGCGGUUUUGCCGGAUGCAGUAAGCUUCACCAGGGACGUUGUUCUUGGUAUGAUUCUGGACGAUGGUGAACACCCAAGACACAAACUUUUAAUCUGGCUUAAAGACGUUUUGCCUUUUUUUUUGUUUAAAUAUAUAUAUACAUAUGUAUAAUUUAUUUAAAAUCAAAGCUAAACGGACUUAAAAAAACUUUUUACAGACCUCAAUAUUAAAGUUCAUUUUUUGGCAAAAAAUCAAUUUCGAUUAUUUCCGUUUAACAUAUGUAGUUAGAAGUUAAAAUUAAGUCUUCUUAAAAGAUUAAACUUUUGGAUUUAAAUAUUACAUAAUAAAUACAUAAAUUGUUAUAAUUUGUUUUUUUUUUUAAUGUUUAACACAUGUUAUAUUUUAUUAGUUUAAUCUAAAUGUUUAAUGAUUAAUCCAAUUUUUAUAAUAGAACAUGCAUAACGUUCAAAAAACAAAUAUAAAAAGAGUGUAUACAAUAUCAACGGCUCGGCGCCAUUAGUCAGCAAGAAUUUUGAACAAGAAUUUAAUCAGCUAUGUGUGUAGCUCUACAGCCAAAACCCAAGCUAAGCUACUUGGGAUUGGCAAUCCGUUUCAGUAUUUGCUCUAAUCAGCUCAAGUCAACACAGUUCGCUAAACAUGAAGUCUCUAGCAAAAAUGUUCUUAAUAUUUUUGUGUUUUGUGGUCGCUGGAAUUUGGGCACAGGAUAUACCGCCAAUGCCUCCAGUUGAGGAUAUAUCGGAAUACCAACCAGAUUCACCUAGAACUUCAAUAGAAACUACCACAACAGAAGCCUCCACAACUUUAUCAUCACAGCCCAUCACAACUUCAACAGUACUGCCAAUAUAUCUGGUUCCCAAUGUUGUGCCUUCUUCUGU